UAUGUAGAGGCCUAUUUAAAUACAUACUUAUAGGCCCACAUAUAUAUACUUAUAGGCCAUUAAUAUAGUCCUACUUAUAUAUACUUAUAGGCCCAUUUAUAUAUACUUAUAGGCCCAUCUCUAUAUACUUAUAUAGGCCUGCAGUGAUGAUUUUUCCUCAAUUCAGGUGGACAGACCUUUUAAAAAAAAUAUAUAUAUAUAAACAAAAAUAAUUAUAUAUAUAAUCUAUUAAAAAAAAAAAAAAAAAAAAACGCUCAAUAGACCUAACUACCUUAUUACACUCAGGAUAAAGAAGUUUUUAUUCCACCUCACGAAAACUACAAAAAAAAAACUACAAAAAAAACUAACUACUACAACUGACAAGCUCAUAUAUAUACAUAUAUAUAAAAUGCCGUUGAAGCCGUUAGAUUUGCUGAACUCAUCUUGUACAAAAUAUAAUCCAGUGGUAUAAAGUAUCUACGAAGGACGGAGAAGAACCACGGUUCCCUAAACCCCCCAAGUCUACGCGCCUUGUGACCUUCCAGCUCUACCUUCGAGUUCCUGUGUGUGUGUCUCUCUCUCACUCUCUCUCUCUCACACUCUCUCUCACACACAUAUACACAUACACACAUACACACUCUCUCUCUCACACACACACACACUCUGCUGUAACCAGCAGCAGGCCUCAGGGGUUCGACGAUUCCAUCCUAAAAGAAGAAGAAGAAGAAGAAAAGGACUUUGAUAUAAAGUAGGAGCUGGUCGAGGUAUAGACCAGAAGCUUGGACAAAGGAGAGACGGAAGAAGAGCUGAUAAAGUUGGCAGGAACCUUGAAAAAGGAGAGAGAGGAGAGUUGAUAAAGGAGUAGGCAGGAACCUUGCCAAAGGAGAGAGAGACAAGAGCUGAUAAAGGAGUAAGACCGGAAUACUUUGACAGAGGAGAGACAGAAGAGGCCACUGAGAGAACAUUGGGCAAAGAGACAGGACCAGGUAUACUUUGACAGAGGAGAAAUUUAGGGGAUUUCACAGCUGUGGCAGAAGAGGUGUUGACACAGGAGGACCAGAGAUCGUCGGGGCAAACUAAGGGGAUGAAAAUGAAGAAAUGGAAUGCCAGGAGAACCAUCCAUAGUACAAGGGAGAAGGUGGACAGCGAAGAAGAGAAAUAGAAGGCUGUAGAAGAAUUAUUCAACCUUAGGAUUGCAACCUGUCGUAGUGGGAGAGAAAACUAUGUAAAUAAAAAAAAAAAUAUAUAUAUCAUUUAAAAAAAACAACUCAAACAACUGGUACAAAUCACAACCAACGACUACAACAACCGCAACUCCAAACCCACAAAAAAAACCUCUACAACAACCAACCCCUCACAACCCCACCUUGAUAACUAGUAGCUGCCCGAGAACGCGUUCUCUUGACGCCUGGAAAACUAUGACCACACCUAACCAGACACUCACGUCGCCCGAUAUUCUCACUCUCUUCGCUCGAUGCCGCCCAUGAGAGCGCGCGCGCACGUCAUCCCCUUUUCCCUACGGAGUCAGAUCUUCAGCUGCUCCUGCGUUUUAGGACGUCUCGAGACGUAUUUUUUUGGAGUAGUCGUCGUGGUUAACAGUCUAAUACCCCUGUCUUCUGAGGGUUAAGUACAGAACUUCUUCAAGUCGUUUGUCGAGACACUCCGGUACUCCUCCUCCUUUUGCCAGUAUAUUUAUAUACGUACAUAACCCCAGCUGCUAGCUAGGUAGCUAGUUAGCUGGCUCCGACGAGGAUAACUUCGUAUACCUUGUUGAUUACGUGCUGUUCAGGGAAAGUAGUAGAUCCAAGUGUUCGUUUGGCCACAAAGAAUCUGAGAGUAGCUCGUUUGGAAAGUGGUGUCCUCUUGGAGAGAAGGCAACCGUAGUUAUUGAUUUAAAAAAAGAAGGAAAAACUCGUCCACAAAGUAUAGACAGAGUAACAGAUUGAAUGCAGAACUGCGAGAGAAUCUGUAGUCAUUGAUGAAAAAUAAAAAGCUUGUCUACUUAGGAUACACAAAGUGACAAAAACUUGACAAGUUUUGGGGGAAAAGUGUUGGUCUCCCAGAGAGGGGAGUAGAUAUUGUAGCUGUUGAUAGAAGGUAAUCUAUAAAUCUACAAAAAACACUUUUAAAACUGAUAGAUUGACUAUAGCAUUGCAAACCUAUCCCCCCAAAAAAACUAACAAACAAACAAAAAGGAAAAGAUUGAGGCAGUUUGAAAUCCAGUAAACACGCGAGUUUAUCAUCGAAAAGAGGAGCUAGUACUAUGCAUAGAAAAUGAGAUAAAAGUCAGGGAUAUUGAACGGAGUAACACGAAAUAGAAAAAUUAAACAAUACCCGUGGCUAAGAACUAACUAAACUAACUAAACUAUUUUGCUCACUGAACGUAAACAUCCCUCGCACUUCAUCCAGUAGAGUGAACUUACUUUUUUUUAUAUAUAUAUAUAUAAUUCCUUCAGAGACCUAGAGUAGAUCAGAAUGAAGACGGAACCUUUUCUCAGAAAACGGAAAAAUAAAUGUUUGUAAGACCGCUUCCUAUAAUAUUAUAUAAUAAUAAAUAAUAUAUAUAUAUUUCUCUGGUACCUGACGAUUAACAUGAUGUUAAGUAUCAUUGGUGCUCGAUGUUAUUAAGGAUAUAAAAUAGCGUACACUUGUAGCGUUAGUGAGGAAUUAGGAGUUAAUUAUAAUAUUUCUAUUAUUGGUACUGAUUACUACUAUUGUAUCCUAUUCUACAAAGUCGUUGCUGGCGAGUGAUUGUGGUCAGAAGAACUGAAUUAUGACGAGCGUCUGUAAUACGGCAGGUUUUAUACGAGAGAGAGAGUGAGAGAGAGAGAGAGAGAGAGAGAGAGAGAGGCAUUUUACAACACUGUACACUCGAAGGAAUUUAGAAAUAAGAUCAUAAAUAAGUCUACAUUGGUCAGAACUGCUGAUACGUCAUUGGAAACGAGCAGGAAUAUGUGAGAACUGGGGCCAGAUAAAAAAAAAACACCAACGUCUAAUAGAAAUCAGAAGAGACAAGAGAAAUACGUCGAAUAUAGGCGAGAAGCCAAUCUGGACGGUUCUUUUUUUUUUAUGCUGACGGACGUGGAAAAUGAAAAGUGCUUAUUCCCUGAAGAUUGACUCUAGCCAGUGAAGCUGGAAGAUUAGUUUGGGGAAGAGAUAUCCAGGGGAAUAAAAGAAAGUGUGAAAAUUAUUCUAUGUUAAGUGAAAUUAUUCUCAGUAGUAACCUGCAGCAGUCGUACAUUUUGAAAUAAAUGAAAAUAACGUCCCUAGACAGUGCUUAUCAAAUAGAAAAUGUCUUUUGGCAAGGCUACGUAUAAUAAAAUCAGGUCAAAUAGUUUGGUAAAGAAGUCUAGCUAAUUGACAAUAGCUGGAAGAACGAAUCUAGAAGUCUAUAGGAAGGUAGUUUGAGGGGACGUCUAGAAGCCUUGAUGGUUUGGGAAGACGUCUAGAAAGUUUAUUAUUAUUAAACAGUUUGGAAAACAUUUGCAACGUCAGCAAAACAAACCUCAGAACUUACAAACAAACCUCGUGUACCGGAACUACCCCCUUGCAGCUUCCGGCACAAACAAACAAACUAACGGAGGAAGGAAGGAAGGGAGAAGGGGACAAAGCAACACUGUACAAACGAUAAAAAAAUAAAAACAAACGAAGAAAAUAGGGUAGCCAUGGCAUCGAGGGGUCCCUUGAUAAUGGCCCGGACUUGCGCCCUUCUUGCCCUCAUCUGUCCAGUCGCCAAGGCCGCCCCCCUGAAUUUCCUCAGAGAUUCCGCCGCCACUCUGGGCUUCGGUUUCGAGUCCGUGCCGCCCCGGGAAACGGUGACGGUGGAAGGCGCCCGCCUGUUGAUUCCGUGUCGUCCCAUGAAGACGAGCAAGGGCGUGGCCAACGUCACUUGGACCAAGGACGGGAAGCCCAUCAACGAAGCCUCGAGCUACGUCCUGCAGAAUGGCUCGCUCCUCAUAAGCAAGGUGUCGAAACUAGACGUCAGUAGCCAGUACAGAUGUGUCCUGGAGAUGGGAACACGGAAGGUUGUCUCGUCGCCCCUUAACCUUGUCCUUGCAGCCGCAGGGGCGUGGCAGAUGCGCCCCAAGAAGGCGAAAGGGCGAGAGGGCAGCCCCGUGCGUCUGACCUGCCACAUGCCCUCCUUGCCCACAGCUCAGCUCUUCUGGUACAAGGGAUCUGAAACACUGCCCAUUGAAAGUAACUCUAGGUACUACCAACCUUCCCCGGGUGUUCUGCAGAUUACCAAUAUUACCCAAGAAGACUCAGGGAUAUAUAAGUGCAAAGGUGUGAACCCUCUCAUCAAGAACGACUUCAUGAGCCCAGGCGUCCAACUCACAGUCGAGAGCCACCACUACGCCCCAAAUGGCGACGCUGAAGGGGGAGGGGAGGUGGAGGAGGAGGAGGGGGGUGGGGGUGGAGGAGGAGCCGGUCCCCCUUCCUCGAUCCCAAAACCCACCCUCCUAGCGACCCCACGUCCAAGGUAGAGGUCCAGGUGGGUGGGGCACAGGACGGUCCUGGAGUGCAUCACUGAUGACGUGUUGAAUCCGAAGCUCCUCUGGUCCAGGAUCGACGGGCGCGAAAUCAGACGGUCGGGCGUACGGACUGAAGGCCAGGGGUCCCUGGCAUUCCAGGCAGUGAAGGAAUACGACGCUGGAGUCUACAACUGUUCUGUCGUCAGUCCCUUGCUGAAGUCGCCAGUCACUCAGAUGUUCGAGCUCUCGGUCCUCAAACCUCCCCGGGUGAACAUCACCAUCAUCCCCCAGGGGGGGCAGGUCCCCAACGGGGAGUCCAUCGUCAGGAUCAACUGUUCUGCCUCCGGCUUCCCCAGACCGGAGAUCUCCUGGUACAAGGACGGCAAGGCAGUGCCCCUCUCUGGGCGUCACAUCUUCGAUACCCUGGAGAUGGACAGGAACUUUACCCUGGAGCAGUUGGCCAUCACGAAUAUCAUGGCUACGGAUAGUGGAGUAUUCCAGUGCAUUGCCAAGAACCGCGCCGGAGUCGCCUCCGAGGGAGUCCUCCUUACGGUGAAGCUCUCCCCUAACAUGCCCGGCGUAGCGCAGAACGUCAGAGUGCUGGACAAGACCUCCAAGAGCAUUCUGGUCACGUGGAGUCCUCCCACUCCAGUCGUCUUGAACAAGUACCACUCAGACGUGGGCUACGUCAUCCAUUACUUGGAGAUUGCCGGGUCUGACCAAGAGAAACAAGUAGUCACCAAUAACACGAGUUUCAGGAUUUCGGAGCUUCGCCCCUACACCCUGUACUCCAUCUACGUCCGUACCUUCACCAUUGAGCUGGACCAGAUCCACCCGCUUUUUGGGGAGCCCACGCCGUCCCUCUUGGUCCAAACGCAGCCGGAUGUGCCAACUAAGUUACCGGAUGUAAAGCUAACAGCCCUGUCACCUACUGUUCUGAGAGUCCAGUGGGAGCUCCUCACGCAGGAGCAAGCCCGCGGGCCGGUGACCCACCAGAUGGUAGAGUGGCGAAGGAGUGGUGCCUCCGACAACAGUUUCGUUGAAGUCAAUCCCGAAGACAAUGUUUACGACAUAAAAGAUCUACAUCCCAACAAGUGGUACGACGCAAGGGUACUGGCCAGGACCCCUGCGGGAUACCCUGAUGCCCAGCACAUGCCCUGGGAGAAGGUCAAGAUGCUCAAGAAAGGGAAUUCGGAUAAACGUCCCACUCUCCACCUCUCCGUCAGCAGCGACAAUCCAACGCAGAUUCUGGUGGACUGGGAACUUGCCAAAGACCUGAGGGCCCAAGUGUUCUCCUACAGCGUCUCCUACAACAACUCCCACGGGUCUGAGUCCCACAGGAAUCUCCAGGCCUCUGCGUCGUCGAUUGUAUUAGAUGAUCUUGAGGUGGGAACUUGCUAUUCGGUGUGUGUCGUGCCCAUGUACAAGAGAGGACGAGAGACCGACAAGACGUCAGUGACGCAGACAAUCUGCACUUUGACUCCCUCACCACCUCACAUCCCACCAACGGACAACAAUGCUAAGAUUGGUGUCAAGAAAGUGAAGGUGAAAACGCUGAGCACGACCAGCAUCCAGGUUACGUGGCGCCCGAAAGGGAGGAGGAUUGCCCCAGAGUUCUUCACAGUGAAGGUCGUCCACUUGGGCAAGCAGAAGGUUUGCAAAGACAAGGAUCCGGACAGUCCCAAGGAUGCCGACGGUGACCAGGGUCAGUCGGAGCCACUCAAAGGGAAUCCUCCUCAGCCGUUGAAGGAAUCUCAGACUGCUGUACCUGAUCCAGACGAUAGUGGAGAAGAAGGAGGAGAAGGAGAGGAACCAGAGGUGAGAUACUGGAGGGUCACUGGACGGAAGGUCAUCCUCAACGAUUUGAAGCCUCUCAACCAGUACGAAAUAUCUGUAUCGGCCUCGACUUUGGCGGUAUCCAGUGCCCUUUCGAAGCCAGUUGUUGUAACUACGACAGAGGGAGUGCCUACAGCCCCGCUGAACGUAAGCUGGAAGGCUGCCACUCCAAAAGAUGUAGAUCUAGUCUGGAGUCGUCCGGAACACAUCAAUGGCCACCUCUUGUACUACUUGGUGACGUAUUCCCACGACCUCUUAGAGUGGAAGAAUCAUACUGUUGAAAGCCAUUUCACCAGUACACAGAUCAGAGACCUUGUAUCCAAUACCAACUACACUGUACAAAUAUCGGGCGUGACGGGUGGUGGUCGCGGUACCCUCACCACCGUCUUCGUCUACAUCAACGCGACACUUGUAGGGGAACCCCACAUAUCUACAGAACUGGUGGUGAUUAUCGUAGUGACGCUAUUGGCAGCCAUCACCUUCACCGUUGUGGUGAUCCUAUGCCUGAGGGUGAUCCGUCUACGACAGAGCGCAGCAACGUCGGCUUUCCAGGGUAACGGUACUUGUCGAAUGAUUUAUGCCAACGGACUCAAACCAGCAAGUCGAGAUUGCACUGAACUUAAUGAUUACAAACCUAUGCUAACCUCCUUACCACCAGCCAUUCAUAACCAUCACCUAGACACGAAGGGAGGCCCAGGGUCCCAUGGUGAUGGAGUAGUGGUCAAUUGUCUGCUAGAAGUCAACGCAUCUUCCAUGAAUCAGGCUGAUGUGCCAAACGAGAACCACGUCCCCCCGCCGCGCGACGGGAUCGGUUCCAGCAACCUUGAAGACAGCCUAGACGACAUCGACAUCGACGACGACGACGAUGCGUCCAGCAAGCUCCUCCAGACCAUUUCGGACGGAUGCUCCCCACUGACGACGGAUCUCGACUCGAGAUGCACGGGCGAAUCUACUCAGGUCGAGCCAGGCUCCUCCGGCGACAGCACAGGGGCGGUGGAAGUGACGGCGUCCUCGUAGGGAUUGCUUUAACCUCAACUCACGGGUGAAGGCACGGGUCUAGAGUAAUGUAGGUCCGGACGCCCUUUCCACAAGAAGAGAGGCGUGCUGCGGUUCUACGCCUCGCUAGUGCGGGCCGAGGUGGGGGGUCUUCUCCCGCGAGGUCUCGAAACUUGUAGUAAUGAAUCUGUUGGUGAGAGCCUACAACUCCAGUACUAAAAAUGAAAGUGACGGUACGGGUUAGAGAGGGAGUUUGGACCUGGUAACCCUACCGCGGGGCCACUCGUACCGAGUCGGCGGGAGGAGGAGGGUGACGAGUGGCGAAGCACAACGGUGAGCGAGCGAGCGAGAGGCAGCACAAACCUUGAGCAGGAAGGAUGUUUCGGAAACCCCCUAUGACCAAUCCACUUGGGUGAAAAUAAUACUCAUUCCACUGCAUUCUGUUUGUCUUACGAGAUGUGAGGCGGUUUUCAAGUCCAAUUUAUGUCUAGAGUCUUUUAAGAUAUAGUCGUAGUAGUUUCUUGUUGAUUAAGCAUCAGGGGAUUUCUCUCUGCAUUCAGGCGCUGCAGGUUGUACUGUUAAAAAAAAAAAAAGCUAAAAUGCACCACUUCUUUUAUGUUUAUAGAUAACUUGAUAUGUACAUGAUUGCUGAAAGCAUUAUUCUGUUGAGGGGUUUGGGGGGAUUCAAACUGCUAUUUGACAUCUUCCCAAAGGAAAUCUUUCAACGUGGCCAAAAUUAUGUAACGCGCGAUGCCAUCUCUUCGAGAGUCGCCGAGUGAAAUCUUAGUACUACCUUGACUUACAAAGGCAAGUGUUUGCAGCUAAUAAAGGGCAUUGUUCUACUGUAUUACAGGUAUACUACUGUAUAAGUUACUAGGAUAUAAUUGAGUCUUUAAUUGGAGAACUGAUGUGCAAUCCAUCCUCAGAGGGAAUUUAGUUUAAUUCUGCAAACUCUUUACAGAUUCACUGUAGUACUAUACUUGGUGGCAAUGUUGGGCCGUUUUCAUUAAACGUAAACAUUCAUAUCUAUGUCAUUUUAUUAUUGCAAUGAGAUCAGUUACUUGUUGUGAUUGAUGAAGAGCAGUUUUCUCAAGAUUUUGUCACAAUUGUGUGCUUUUUUUUUUCUUAGACCAAUUCACAUGAUAAUUACUAUAUUUUAGAAGUUGCUUCAAGUCUAUAACCUUGUUUGUUUCCUGUACAGUCAGGGAUUUCAAGAGAGACUAAUAAGCUAAAACUCCUUUUGAGAAACUGACAAAUGUAAAUACCUGUUAAGCAUGUCCUUGUUUUUGUAUAACAAUCAGGUACUAUUUGUAUAUUUAGUUCAGUAAUGUAAUUCAAAUAUUGUUAUGCGUUUUACUUUAUUCAAAUAUUACGCUGAAAUUAAUGAUGUCUGAUAGAGUAAAUCGUAUCAGGAAAACAGUUAAACACUAAAUAGAUAUUUAAAAGUUUUUUGUAUGCUAGCCAGGUUUCAUCUCUGAUGAAGAUGCGUUGCCAAGUAAAUUUGAUGAAUGAAACUGUAGGAGUUAAAUACACAAAGGUCUAUUAAGUACUACGUCCAUUGUAAGAAAAUUUAACAAAAAAAAAAAGGGCUCAUGUAAUGUCCACUGGUGAAGUCAUUUGGGAACUCCAAUCUUUGUGUGAAGCUUAAACCAACAUUCUUUUAUUUUAGUAACACAGAAUAUCUUUCAGCAGUCAUAGAGUGUUAGGCAAGUAAAUAGAAGUAUAGGAGUUAACAUAUACAAUCAAGAAGGUUAAAAAAACUUCAGGUUUAACAAAAAAAAAAUGUUUUCAUACUAUAGUUAAAAAAAAUUUUGUGUAAUGAGUAUAUUCUAGAUUUUUGUUCAUGUUAGCCUGGUAGUUCUAUAAAGGUCACUCAGGAAUGUCAUAUUAAAAAACAAAACAUAACUUAUUUGUGUAUCGUGGAUAUUGUUGCUUUGCUGGGUCAGUGGGUGUCAUCGCAAAGGGAGUGGAAAUUGAAAAGGUACGUCGAGCAGCGCUUCGCUCGCUGCGAGCACUGUACCUACGCUAGUCUCUGUGUAGUUCGAGCGUAUGGGAAUUCUAACUUGCCACAUGCAUUGCAGUGUACUUAAAGACUAGCCAAUGUGAAUCGCAUCGCAUGUUAGUUACGGCGUUCGGCCAACAAGACGUAAUGAAGUUUUGCCACAACGAAAUGCAUCGCACCGUACGUAAUUUUUCUCAGUGCACAAGAAACUGUUCAAAGCCUUUUUUUUUUGUCUUCAGUUUUUCCCCUUUUUUAAAUAUGUAUACUUAACCAUACCACAAUUUACUUGUUCCAUUUCUCAUAUGUGCUGUUCUCCAUUCCGCCGACGACUCUGCUUCGAGUGCCGCAGCCUGUUACGUAUAUUGAAUUCUACCUCUCCUGUUUUAGAAUUUCCUGUGAAACAAUAAAACCCACAUGUUCCAGUACAUAGUCUGUUUUGUAAGUCUUUUGUAUUCAGAGCUGAAGCAUGAUUUGUAUUUUUGUAUUUUUUUAGUCACCUAAUCAAAUGACAGUCCUCAGAAAUUGUUAAUGUUAUUAAAGUCAUUUGAGUUAUUGUAUGAACCAGCUUAUAAGAAUGUAGGUCACAGUACAGUGUCGUUUUGGAAUGAGAAAUGGUUUUUUGGUAUUUCAGAUUUAUAUUAUGUUAUGAACGAGUGAACUGUGUGAUUUGUGUUCCACUUUCAUGAAAUAGUUUCCCCGCACGAUGCUGCAAAAAUUCCACAAGGUCAUUUGAGUAAACAGUUUCAGUUUUUUAUCAGUAUGAUAGAUACUGGGUCAUUUUCACCAGGCGAGUGUCGGGAGAAGAGCCCGAGAUUCACCGAGGCUUACGAAUUACCCCCGACACAGUUUUCUCUUCCGUGAUGUAUAUUGGCUUGGGGUUUAUUUGGUUAACCUGCAUAAUGCAGUGAAGUACUCAAAGGUGCUAUUGGGAGAUGUAAGAGAGACUUCAAUCACCAUUCACUUGGAACUUAUAUUAUGUCUGUUUGAGUAGCCCACAAGAACGUGAGGUUAGGAGCAAUGAACAGAAGACCAGCCCAGCAACUCAAAGAGAAAGGGUAGUAGAGAAGAAGAGGACGUAGCCCAGAUUAAUGGGAAUUCAGUUGCAGACAUCGUGGAAGAGUUGAGGAAUUCAGAUGUCAACGAAGAAAACCUAAUGUGUUAUCGCAGACUUAUCAUUGGAACACCAAAAUAUUCAAGAAUUUCAACUGACAUUAGAGGAAAAGAAUAAUUUAAUCUCUAUUGGGUUUUUUUGGAAAUCUGCACAGCAUUCUGUUCUCAAUUAUAUUUCACACCUCUGGGAAAUGAACCCUGGUUCACUCUUCUCAACCAAGUGAGAGGCAGUAAGCUGUUUGUUCCACAGUAUAGUAGUUAUUGAGAGAAACGUAAGACCUUUUACUGUUCGUUUAAGAAAAAAUGAGAGGAAGAAGUUAUGCAGUAGAAAGAGUUAAUACACAGACUAAACUCUGCAGCAAGAACAGUCUACAGUACAUCUGAAGCCUUUUGCAAGACCUGGGGAAAAUAGCAAAAAUUCUUUAACCUUGAAAUAGAAAUCAUUUAAAAUGCUUUUAAUAAGGCUUAUUACUCUGAAAAGUUGAUUUCUUUUGUAACCUUUUAAGGCCUUUUUGUAUUUGAGGUAGGCUCAGAGUGACGCCUGAGAUGAAUUGGUAACUGCAGGUACUGUAGAGGUCAGGGUUAGUAGUAUUCCAAUAAAUAAAACUAAACAUUAAGGAGUAGAAUGUUAGCAAGGGUUAACAAAGCUGCUAAGAGUUAGAUCAUUUACCCUUGUCUGUCCUGUUACAAAUUGAAUCUCAUCAUGUUCUGUAUUUGUAACUAUUAAUCCAGGCCACAUAGAUUUCAAAAUAGAUCACUGUGAUUGUAGCAAUUUGUUAUUGGCAGUUGGUUGUGGCCAAAGAGUGCUUUUCUAUCUGUUAUUGCUUUUACCAUUUUGAUCCCAUAAUCCUACUGUUGUCAAAUGAUCCUUCUUUGAUUUGGAAAACUGAUGCUGAAGAGGAGACGGGAGGUGUGUAAGGAAUGUUGAUGACACAGUAGCACAGCCUUAUCCUUUGCUGAACCUAAAGAGAAUCUGUGAAAUGAACCGAUUGGCCGGCAGGGGUUAAGGUUGUGCGUGUCAUAUUUUCCAGUGCUAAGAAUGUGUUCAUAACUUUUAAGUGCAGAUUGUAUCUAUUGUGAUUGAAGGCUGGGCCUUAGAUGGUAAUUAGUGAUAGUUCCAGGUAUCUGCUAUCUACUAUGUACAGGCAGUCCCCGGCUUACGACCGGGGUUCCGUUCUUGAGACGCAUCGCAAGCCGAAAAUCGUCGUAAGCCAGAAAAUCAUCAAAAUUCCUAAGAAAACCUUACUUUUAAUGCUUUGGCUGUAUUAAAAAUUGUGUAAACUGCAUCUUUAUUGCAUUUUUCAUCAAAAAAAAAAUUCAAGUAUUGAUUAUUUUGCAUUUUUGGAGUCAUAUUUCUUCUGCCAGAUUGGCGUCGUAAACCUGUAAAUAAUUUCUGAAGAAUAUAAUUGGAAAGCGUUGUAACCUCGGAACGUUGUAAGCCGAACCUGUCGUAAGCCGGCGACUGCCGGUACUUGCAAAUUCAUGACCUGUGUAAAUUUUGUCUAUUUUUAAACAAGUUGUGUUUAGGAAAAUUGAUUAAUUUUAAGUCCUGAUUGUGAUUAUAGGCAAUUUCAGCCACAGUUCAAGCUCUACAAGGUCCUUGUGAAGUCUGUGUGAAGUCUUUGUACAUUUGGUUUUAACUGAAUAUCCAGUGUACGUUUGCAGGCAAGGUUCAAAGCCGGUGAAUAAUGUUGGAGAACAUGAAGGAAUAUUCAUCUUUACUUUUUUCUUUGACUUGAAUAUAUUUUUCAGGAUUGCCCCUACUGUAUUUACUGUACUACGUGUCUCAUUCGCAAUGAUUCUUACUACAUUUCAUUUGUAGAUAACUGUUUAUUUUGAUAAUUGGUUGUUAUAAGAAUACUAUCAACUAACAGCUCUUAAUUGGCAAAGUCUGUGGUGUAUAGUCCCAACCACUUCAAGACUUACAGCCAUGUUCUUCAUUGUAAUGUUAACAGUGUGAUUCUGAUCACACAAACUCAGUUUUGCAAUUCAUGCUGCCACCAAACUUAUUGAUCAUUUGCAAUAUCGGUGCACUUUUUCUGUUAUGUCUGAGACGAGUCUCCAGAGCUCUCGAGCACUGCAACAAUCUCCACCAUGUACGUAAAAGUCAUCUGAACCUCAUCUCUUAUCAUCAACUUGUCAUUUCAAAAAAAAGAUGAGCUCGGUCCGAGCGGAAGGUAGUAAGUCCUCGUGAGUAGGCCCGGUUCAAACGACCCGAGGAGGAUUGUUCGAGUGCGGUUCUUCCUUUGAAGGCGAUUGAACUCCCCCCGGGGGGUAGAGGGAAAGUGGCCGUUUCCUGUGUGAUAACAUUUCCUGCAUCACCCUUAGAGUAGACAUAUAACGCAUUUGUGAUUUGAUCGUAGCAGAUAUAUAAAGAGGGUGCGUGGGAAGGUACAAAUUAAUCAGUCAGGGAGUCAUACAGGAGUUGUUAGAUAAGCCAAGUGGGUACUGCCAGUAAGAGAAUCGCUAGGUUAUGUAUUUAAUGUGUAAGGUAGAGUAGCAGAGCUGUAAUGUAGUGUGUAAAAAAAAUGACUCAGCGGUAAGCCCAGUUCUUACGCAAUGCAUAGUUUCCCUUAUACUUUAGUUUUUUGUGUUCGCUGGGUUAGAAGUGCCUCCGAUAAAGUGAAUUAAAUGUAGUAAGUAUUAAACCUCACAGGUAAAAGUAAGAGUAGGAUCCAGAAUAAAAACAAAUGCGCAUUUGGUCGUUUGUAAGCUUGCUGGACAAAGUUGCAUAGUAGCGUCUGACGCGGGGACUCGAAAAGCAGCGAGCGUCACAGUAGGAAAUCUGAUGGAACUCUUGACUUUGGCAGAAGAGUGAAAAAGGCUGUGCUUUUCAAAAGCUGUGAUCCAUACAUCAGCAUCUUUUAGAGUAGGCUCUGAAUAUGGUAUUACUGUAUAAUCAUGCAGUAUAAAGUUAUAUUGUAAGGACCUGGCUGUGAAUCAGUAUUUAGGGCUAAGUGUUCACCCGUUGUAUCGCAACCGUUAAGACGUGACUUUAAACUUUAGGUGAUCCUGAUUGUGGCUGUGAAGUAUUACUUGGGAAAACUGUAUGAGCCGAUAUCACAAAAAAACGGAGCGCUGUGCGUUAUUCCACGCCGGAUAUACAUACGCGUAGUACGUACCGACCAGAUGUCGGUUUACGAGACUCAUUGACAGCGGAACGAAGAUAAUGAGAACCGUUUCUCCAGAGAGAUGACAAAUCGCCAUCGAAUAAUACCGGUCGAAAUACAAGUUGAUGAUAUGUGGCCCCCCCUUCCCCCCUUUUGUCAAUAUCCACAAUUUUCCCUACCCCUCCCCACCACCCCCCCACUUGGUACCUGGUUAUACAUUCUUUAAAGCUAAAAGCUAAGUGAUACUGUUGACAAAUGCAUUGUAUAUCCAUUUGUAUAUCCUCUUUAGCCUAAUGAAUGGUGUGUACAUAAACGAUUGGCAGUAUGUUAACUUUGUUAUGAAAAAAUCUUAUAUGCCGUACUGUAUAUAUGCGUGUGAGUAUGUCUGCGUACAGUAUAUAUAAACUAAUUCUUACACGUAGGUAUAACGUACAUUGGAAGUGUCAUUACACAUAAUACAUCAUUGCGUACUGUAGAUUUAUGCAUUGGGCAUAUUCUUGAUUUAAAGUCCAUGUUUGUAUAGACUGUGCGAACAAAGUACUUUACGUCUUUGCAUGCGUACAUGUAAUAUAUACUGUAUAUCUAGUACUGUAUAUCUUAUGUUGAUGCGUGAUACGUACACACAUGUAUGUAACAUUACAAGUACUUAUGGAUAUAUACAUUUAAGUACAUACAUUUCAUAUAUAUAUAUAUAUAUAUAUAUAUCUAUAUAUAUAUAUAUAUA